CGGGUCACUACCACUACGGUCUCUCAAGACGUGUUAGCACGAAAAUGGCCGCAGACAAGCAAAAUGCGAAUAAAACAUCGAGGAUGGAUGAAAAUAAGGAGAACGUGGAGAACACCAUUGGAUUGGAAAUACUUCAAAUCAUCAAGGACUCGCAGCAGCAGCAUGGGCUGAGACAUGGCGACUAUCAGCGGUACCGGGGAUACUGCUCUCGCCGCCUGCGUCGCCUGCGGAAAACUCUGGGCUUCAGGAUGGGCAACAGACACAAGUUCACAGGGAAGAAAGUGACAGUGGAGAUGUUGUCUGAUAGCAGGUACCUGCUGCUGGUGCUAAUGGAGGCCGAGCGGGCGUGGAGCUACUCCAUGCAGCUGAAACAGGAGGCCAACACGGAGCCGCGCAAACGCUUCCACCUGCUGGCCCGGCUCCGCAAGGCCGCCAAGCACGGCGAACACCUGGAACGCCUCUGCGAGAGUCCGCGCGUCGACGCCAAGACCAAGCUGGAGGCUCAGGCCUACACGGCAUACCUGACAGGAAUGGUCCAGUUUGAGCUUCAGGAGUGGAAGUCGGCGAUGGAGGCCUUCAACAAGUGCAAGACCAUCUAUGAGAAGCUGGCCAGUGCCUUCACUGAGGAGCUGGCGGUGCUUUAUCACCAGAGGGUCGAGGAGAUCUCCCCCAACCUGCGCUACUGCGCCUACAACAUCGGUGAUCAGAAUGCCAUUAAUGACCUGAUGCAGAUGAGGCUGACGGGUGGCGGUGGGGGCAUGAUGGCAGAGAAGCUGGAGACGCUAAUCACCCAGACGAGGGCCAAGCAGGCCGCCACGAUGAGCGAGAUCGAGUGGCGAGGGCGCGUGGUGCCCGUGAAGAUCGACAAGGCGCGCAUCUUCCUCCUGGGCCUGGCUGACAACGAGGCCGCCAUCGCUCAGCAGGCUGCCAAUGAAGAGACCAAGGAGCGGCUCUACGAGACCCUGCUGGCCGAGUGCAGAGACACCAUCCAGGCCGUGCGAGAGGAGAUCCGCAUCGACGUGAAAUCAAGAGAGCGGUCUUCGGACGGUGAGGGCGGCAAGGUGUCGAAUCUGCAGUUUCUGCACAGCUACCUGACCUACAUCAAGCUGUGCACGGUGGUGAAGCGUAACGAGAGCAUGGCCGACACGCUGCAGCGGCAGCUGAAGGAGCCGCAGACGGACGAGAACAAGCGCGGGCCACGCCCACAGGACCUCAUCCGCCUCUACGAGAUCAUCCUGCAGAGUCUGGCGGAGCUGUCCGUCCUCACAGGCAUGGAGGAGGAUCACACCUUCCAGAAGGAGAUGGCCCUCAAGAUGCUGGUCUACAAGGCAUACAGGUGCUUCUUCAUCGCCCAGUCCUAUGUGCUGGUGAAGAAGUGGAGUGAGGCCCUGGUGCUGUACGAGCGCGUCCUCAAGUACGCCCGCGAGGUCCAGUCCAAGGCCAAGAGCCUCAACAACAGCAUGAAGGAUCUUCCAGACGUCCAGGAGCUCAUCGCUGAGGUCAACGCAGAGAAGUAUUCCCUGCAGGCUGCGGCCAUAUUGGACAAAGAGGAUGUGGCCGAAGCACCUUCACAGCCCCACGUGAAAGACGGCAAGCCCCUGUGUGAUCGCCUGGAAGCCUUCCGCCUGGACCCCUCCCUCGUUGGCAAGCAGCCCCACCUGGUGGAGUUCCCGCCGGACUUCCAGCCAAUCCCCUGCAAGCCGCUCUUCUUCGACCUGGCGCUCAACCACGUGGCCUUUCCGCCGCUGGACGACAAGGUCGAGCAGAAGGGCAAGGGCGGCCUGACCGGCUACAUCAAGGGCAUCUUCGGAUUCGGGAGCUAAAUCGGCCCCCUGCGGCGCGGCCCCCCCAAGCUCCGCUCACGCCCCCCUCUUUUGUCUCACUCAUGCCUCCUGUGGUGGUGGUCUUGGUGUGGUCCGGUGGUCCUCGUCAAACCCCACAGGGGGGCGCUGUCUGAAGUCGGAGUCCUCUCAGAGCAACAGGCCUUCUCUCCAGUCUCUUUGACUCACCGUACUACUCACCCAGUGGUGAUGGCCAACCUGAAUGCAUAAGUUAGUUUAUAAUCCAGUGCCACGUAUUCCGAAUGACCCGCUUUUAUCUGUCCAGGGAUGAAUUUCUCGAAACCAUAGUUGCUAAUUAUGUUAGCCACUUUGCUAUUUGCAAUGCAAUUUCCAAUGGACAACUUCCCAAGUUACUAACUGGUUAGCAACUAUGCUUUAGAUAAAUGCUCCCCAGUUCAAUCAGGCAGUCAAGGACCAGGAGCAGGUCAUUUGGAAUAUGCGGCACUGGAUUGCUAUGAAUGGAUCCGGAUUGUCCAUCUCUGCAGAACAGAACAACGUACACCUCAAGAGUCUAGAGACUUCCGGGCCUGGUGUUUGGUGGCUUACGACAGUACCCUCGAGAGACACUCUUCCUCUUACACACACACACACACACACACACACACACACACACACACACACACACACACACACACACACACACACACACACAUAAAUGCUUCUCUUUUACCCCUCUCUUUUUUCGCUCCUUCUUGGUCUGUUGACAUACCCUCUAAUUUAUCUCGAUUGAUUUUUUUUUAAUCUUAAUUUAAAGUCUUAUGAAAAAGCGCCUUCGUUAUUGUAAUUGGUGUCGGUGUAACAACCUCAAGGUUGGCUGCCUCAUCUUCGACUUCGUGGAAGAUUGAGAAUCUUUGUUUUUUUUGUCAGACAAGUCACAACAAGCAUUUUUUUUAUCGCUCAUACGUAAACGAACUCUCAUGAAAAAGGACACAGGGUGAUUUACACAAUAAAAAAAGCCAUGAAUUUCACACAGUGCUUUUUACUGGUCAGUGUAGAAGUAGCAGCAGUAGCAUCACUCAUCAGCAGUACAUGGUGCGGGACAAAGUAAAGAGGGUAACCCUUUACUUGACGCCAGUGUCAUAAGCAUGUCAGUACAGUGUCAUAAUAGUGUCAUGCAUGUGUCAUAAGCAUUAAGGCCAACAGUCAUAAAAUGUUUAUGACAUGGACAUAAGUGACAUUCGGUUAUGGCAAAGACACCUUACCAUAACCAAAUGUCACUUAAAGCCAACAGUUAUAAAAUGUUUAUGACAUGAACAUAAUGUUUGACACAUACAUAACUGUGUCAUGACACCAUUAUGACACUGUAAUGACAUGCUUAUGACACCGGCGUCAAGUAAAGGGUUACCGAAAGAGUACAUGUCUCAUCAUCUGAUUGUCUCGCAUGUCCUCUUGUCAGUGUAACUUGCUGCAUGAAAAGCAGUUUAGACCAGUUAAAUGCAAAGGCUCUGUUCAUACACAGGCAUUACCAGUAACACUUGAUAAUAUAACUGAUAUUUUAGAGCUUAACUAACAUUAAGUGAAUCAUUUAUUACCACUUAGUAAAUAAUGAAUUAUAAACAAAACAAUGUCCCUGUUGCUGAAUAUGUAUGCGUAAGGAAACUACACAGCUCAAAGCGGAGCAACAAUCAGGCCUUGCUGCUCGAGUUCGAGACGAGUUUCCCUGCUGUAGUCUUCUACACCCUGGCUGGCGUCUCAUCUCUUUUGCUCUUCGGAGUCGAUACUGCCGCUGCUGUGCUUAUUCCUUAGUCAUUUACAAACAUUUUUAAAAAUCGUUAAUUAUUGACUAAGUGUCCAUAAAUUAUUAACUAAAUGUUAAUAAAGUUUUAAAUAUCUGUCAUUAUAAAGUGUUGCCUAGCCUAGCUUAGCCUAGCUGAUGUCAUUCACCUCUGACUGUAUAUUUAGCAACUAUAGCAAUAUCGCUAGGCUGUUGUUGAGGAGAUGCCACGGUGAAGCCCUGCGCUAGGCUGUUGCCACGGUGAAGCUCUGCGCUAGGCUGUUGCCACGGUGAAGCUCUGCGCUUCACAUAUUCACAUUUUAGUAACAGAAGAAUGCAAAGGAGAACCGCACCCUCUUUUUUUGGAAUCCUGCCAUCCUUGAGCUUUUUUUUUCUUUCAUUCUUUCUCUUAAGCUUUGUUUCCUCCGCUCCCUUCUCGGCUGUGGUACACCCAUAGGUAUGAUGACACAUUUUUUUUUCUCCCUUACAUAGUUUUGAAUAGCCUACCUGAAAGGAUUUUUUUCUUCUUCUUCUUUCGUUUCAAGCGAGUAUCUACAUUGAUCCAUGUGGUCUUUUUAUGCGAACCAAAGCAAUGUCUGUCUGAUUUACGGGGGUUAGUUGGGGGUUUGUACCGCCAGAUUGUCAUGCAGCAGGACCAGCCGUGGUGAGGUGACAUUUCCCAAAGUGAGAAGUCUGCACACUUAAAAUCCUUUUCUCUCAGAAUCUGAUGAAGACUAUUGAAGUCUAAACGUAACCCUGCCACGAAAUAAUGAAAGACAACAAAAAAGGAUUUUAAGUGUGCAGACUUCUCACUUUGAGAACUACGUUUGGCCUUCGUCCUGCACCUUUUCCUGUGCACAAUCUUCUCCUUCAACGAGAUGGCAUUUCCCACUAGACCCACAUUUUGACCUCGGUUUCGGCCAAUGAUGGUCUUUUUUAUUUUGUUUUGUUUUGUUUUUGUUUUGUGGGCCUGUUGAAUUCCAACUUACCAAUUUCCUCAUUCUAUGUAUUUUUAACAUUUGUUUUUUUUAAGGACAUUAUGAAAGUGUUCUUUGGCAAGACUUUUGUUGAUCAACUAUUAUAAAUAAGGAAUGGAUGAAAACAGAACUGCCUAGAAAAAAACCCGCAUUUUUAUUUCUGUUAAUUCAAGAACAUCACAUGAAUAGAGACCAAUGAAAUAGUGAAGAAAAAUGUAACAUUUAGGUUGCCACGGCCUCUGAAAUUAAAGACAUUAUUUGCGCCACA